AAAUUAGUCACUGCAUUAUACGGCCUGUCUUAUUAUGUCUUACAAGUAACAUUAUAGGAGGGCUCGCACACAAUUUUAACCAGAUACCGACUUUCAACGGCAGUUGUCUUUGUCACUGACUUCCCAGGUUUUAUACCAUCACGAUAUACUAGGAUCACUUCAUAAUUUACUAGGAAAAAUGACAGAGUACUGGAAAAGCAAUGCCAUGCACUGGUGCGACAUCUGCAAAUGUUGGAUGAAUGACACCAAGCAGGCGCGGCUAAACCAUGAAAGAGGAGCACAGCACCAGGCGAAGCUUGAAAAGAAGCUCCGCGAUAUGGCCCACAAGGCCGACCAAGAAGUCAAGACCAAGGCUGCUAACGAAGCUGCCAUGGAUAAGAUCGAAGCGGCGGCUCGCAAGCAGUUUGCGAAGGACCAGGCAGCGGCGGAAGCGGCGAGGCAGGCUGCCAAGGAGGCGGCGGGCGUUUGGAGCUGGGAGGCGGACAGCAGCUACUAUUACAACGCGGCGCACAGGUGGUAUUACGACCCCAAGACCAGCUGGUACUACGGCGGGGAACCCAGCCCGGAGUGGUCGCAUAGCCCCCCGCUGCCGCCCGAUGCCUUGUUCGGUACGGCACCGCAUGAGGGCGGCCCCGUACCGCAGGGGGCAGCAGCAGCAACAGCAGCGCCGCAGCAGCAGGGGCAGGGGCAAGGAGGCGGCGCGGCGGGCAGCAGCAGUGGGAGAGGGCUGCCUGAGGGAUUGCCGGUGGUUACAAAGACGGUGCAAAGAGUGGUGGCCAUACCCAAGCAUCCGCUGGCGGCGUUGGGGGGCUAUCAAGCACCGACAACAGGGCGGGUGGGCGGCGGCAUGGGGGCGGGGGUGACGGUGGAGGCGGCGGAGGAGGCCGGGG